AUGAAUUUCACAAAUAACGGAACAUCAUUACCAAUAAUUUAUUGUUCAUUACAAGCUCGUGUUUAUGAGCCUACUUAUUUAGUUUUUAAAUCAUUAAAUUCAACAUAUUUACGUUUACUUAUUGGACCAGGUAUAUUACUUAAUUCACUUUGUCUAUUUAUAUUUUCUCGACCAAAAUUAUCAAAUAAAUCGACUACUAUUAUGUUUUUACGUGUUCUUUCACUUUUUGAUAUAUUAUCAAUUACACUUAAAUAUAUUCGAGCAGAAAUGAAUUAUCAAUCAAUUGAAAAAGGUCAUGAGAUAUUUUUAUUAAUUCCAUCAAUUUGUAAAGCAUUAUAUGUAUUAAUGAAUGCAUGCAUUUCAAUUGCUAUGUGGACUAUUGUUUUAAUGAGCUUAGAUAAAGCUAUUGCUGUUAGUUAUCCACUAAAAGCCAGUCUUAUUACAGCUGCUAAUAUUGUUAUUGCAGUUGUAUUACGUCGUACUUCACAAAAUUGGCAAAUAUCUGAAGUUUCUAACAAACAAGAAUUUGAUUCAAGUUUUUCUAAAACAAAUUCAUCAAAACCAUCACGUCAUCAACGUUGUUCAGGUAGAUCAACAAAUACAACAGUUGAAGUAAUAUUAGCUACAAAACGACGUACAAAUAUACAAGUUACACGUAUGCUUUUAGCUGUUACAUUAUCAUUAAUUAUAUUUAAUAUUCCUAAUACAAUAUUUUUUGUUUCUGAUAAAAUUUAUGAUAUAAGACAAAUAUUACAUGGACGUUCAUGUUUAGAUAUUAGUGAUCAUGAUAUAGUAUUAUAUAAAGUUGGGUUUUAUUCAGGCGUUAUACAAGAUAUAUUGUCGGAUUUACCUCAUGUAGUUAAUUUUUUCUUAUAUUGUUUAGCUGGAAAAAAAUUUCGAAGUAUAUUUAUAAAUGAAUUUCAACAAUUACUUGUUGAUUUUCAUUUAAUUGGAAAAAACCCAAGACGUCGUAAAUAUGACACAUCUAUUUUAAAUCCUGAUUCAACAUUAAGAACAGGCUAUAUUCCCCAUGUAGGACUUGUAUCAUCAAAAACUCCUGCAUCAACGGUAAGACAAAACAUUGAAGUUUGA